GACUCGCAGGGCCCGUCCCCGGCCCGGACGUGUGCACGCGCCGGCAAGAUGGCCGCUGGGGUGCGCCCGCUUCGGGGCCUCCGCUCCGUGUGUCGCGUGCUGCUCUUUCUCUCGCAGUUCUGCAUUCUGUCAGGCGGUGAGCAAUCGCAGGCGCUGGCUCAGUCAAUAAAGGAUCCGGGCCCAACACGUACAUUCACAGUAGUUCCCAGGGCAGCAGAAAGUACUGAAAUCCCACCUUAUGUGAUGAAGUGUCCAAGCAAUGGUUUGUGUAGCAGACUUCCUGCAGACUGUAUAGACUGCACAACAAAUUUCUCCUGUAUCUAUGGGAAGCCUGUCACUUUUGACUGUACAGUGAAACCAUCUGUUACCUGUGUUGAUCAAGACUUCAAAUCUCAGAAGAACUUCAUCAUUAACAUGACUUGCAGAUUUUGCUGGCAGCUUCCUGAAACAGAUUACGAGUGUUCCAAUUCCACCAGCUGCAUGACGGUGUCCUGUCCCCGGCAGCGCUAUACUGCCAACUGCACCGUGCGGGACCACGUCCACUGCCUGGGUAACCGUACUUUUCCCAAAAUGCUGUAUUGCAAUUGGACUGGAGGCUAUAAGUGGUCUACUGCUCUGGCUCUGAGCAUCACCCUUGGUGGAUUUGGAGCAGACCGUUUCUACCUGGGCCAGUGGCGAGAAGGCCUCGGCAAGCUCUUCAGCUUCGGGGGCCUGGGAAUUUGGACGCUGAUAGACGUCCUGCUAAUUGGAGUUGGCUACGUUGGACCAGCAGAUGGCUCUUUGUACAUUUAGGUGUGGUAUGUGCUUCAGCAAGGAGCAGUGCUUAGAAAAAGCCCUUUGUCUGUAGGAAUUGAUGUGGUGUGAGUGAUACAUUUCUGUUUUUAUGUACAGCAUCUGUACUUUGUUUGCCUUGAUAAAGGUAAAAUAAAGAAAUGAAACACGGAACUAUGCUAAUCUGGAAUUUGUUUUUGUUUGCCUGAAAUAUUUUUUUUUCUGUGAAAAAAUUGAAACUUACUUAAGCCAGGAGAAUUACUUCUAUAGUGGUUGGAAAUUGAUUUAAUCCCAUGACUUUAGUUUUGUAUUGCUCAAGUCAAACUAUAUCACCUGUAUCUCCAGCCCAAAUGUAAUCUGCCUUGAAAACCUUUCAGCUGUGAUUGCAGGAAGUGGGAUGUGUUUUUAUUGUCAGCUAACUGAAGUUAUUUGGCUCAACUCCAGUCAUCUGUAAGUUUUUCAGCGUAAUAGGUGUGUAGUCUGGUCUGUAUAUAUGAAAAUUUGAAUUGAAUGUUUAUGUCUAGUUAUGGUUUAAAUUUUCCUAGUAGUAUAUAAAAGAUAAAGAAUGCUGAAAAAUGAAUAAAAUUGCAAGUUAAGAAAUA